GAUUCCUGACUUCGGGGAGCCCUCGGCUGUGAGCUCGACCCUCCCAGAUAACCCAUUUCGCCCGGCGGGUUACAGCGGGAAGGGGAGGAAAAGCGCAGCUGGACGGGGGUGGGGCAGAGCCUGGAAACCUUCGGGAAAGCACAGGGACACGCUCGGGACACGGGCAGAAGGAGAAGACUCACUGGACUUGCCUGCCGGCCCUUCAUCUCCAGAAAGAUUCUGGGUGUUUUCUACCCUUUAAAGUCCUCAGCAUCUAGGGUUUUGUAAGGAGCUCUCAGCUGGCUUCGCGCGUGUGUGCGUGUGCGUGUGCGUGUGUGUGUGUGUGUGUGUGUGGUGUGGCUGCGCGCGCCCAGCUGAUGCUUUUGACUGUCUUUCAUGCAACUGCCCAGAAGCGAACGCGUUAGCUCGGCGAUGCCCCUCCAAAGCCCGGUUCUGGGCGAGCACGGAGGACGCCCAGCCCCGUUUCCCUUGCAGGAUUCGCCGCGGCGGCCGGGCGGGGGAGCCUGGAGCGUGCAUCCUUUCAGACCGGGGGUUGGCAGGAGCCAGAAGUAACCCGUUUCUAGGUGCACCGCAAGGUCACCACAGGGUCCUGCAGCCCUUCUCCGGCGGGGCCCAUAGACCUUCGUGCGUGGACCCCACGGAUAUUUGCCUUUUGCUCCGCGGCAUCUGAAGCCAAAAGUUCAGUCCUCUGAGCUGCUUUUCUGCACAAACGAGGUAACCCGGAUUGCCUUGCGAACUGCUUAACGAAAUCCCGGCUCCUCCUCAGUCGGUUCCCGGCUCCCUCCUCCCCACCAACAUGUCACCAGCUCUUGAAUUACACGGCUUCGGGUUGGAGGAGAACUUGAAGGAAGCGUGAUCCAAAGGCUAUGCCACCCCGCUCUCUGGGCUACCCGCCAUCCGGUCUGGUGGGCUUCGGAACCCUGCGUGAGGCGGACCGGUCCCUCCCUGCUUCUUCUUCCCCGCGCGGAGCUGAGUGUGCGUGUGCAAGUGUGAGUGCGAGUACGCGCGCGCCCGGCUGUGAGAGUGUGAGUGUGUGAGAGCGCGAGCGAGUGUGUGUGUGUGUGCGUGUGUGUGUGUGUGUGUGCGCGCGUGUGUGCGUGCGCGGCCGCCUUGCCUCUGCCCGCUCCCCGGGCGCGGAUCCGCGGGUUUCAAGGGGCGAUCGCCGCGGAUCCCCCACCCAGCGCGACCUACGGGCAGCGGCGGCAGUGGCAGAAGCCGCCUCUCCGACUCCCUAGGAUGCGGGUGCUGAGCUAUGGCAAAGGGCAGCGAAGUGACGAGCGAGACCCGCGAACGACUGUGAAAGCCACCUGGAGCCACCUUGCCGGGAUUGUACCUGCGGGCAGAAAGUCCUCCUACGAUCGCCUUUUCCCCUAGAGGCACCAGAGUCCCUGUCACCAUUCAGCCAGAUGGUGAGAAGAUAUGUAGUAGGGAGCAUCCUUCUGCCUAACACCUGCAGAAUCAGCUGGGGAAAUGCUUUCACCCUGUUGGUCUUCUGAAGCAGCGAGGCAGAGUGCUGACUCCUUCCCAGCGGCGAAGACCCCUUCAGGCUCCAGAAGCUCUUCAGUCUGAUUCUACAAUGGAAAACCUUCUUUUUUAUCUGGUUUUCAUUGGCGUCGCAGUGAGGGCGCAGCUCUGUCCAAAGCGCUGUGUCUGUCAGAUUUUGUCCCCUAAUCUUGCAACCCUUUGUGCCAAGAAAGGGCUUUUAUUUGUUCCACCAAACAUUGACAGAAGAACUGUGGAACUGCGAUUGGCAGACAAUUUUGUUACAAAUAUUAAAAGAAAGGAUUUCGCCAAUAUGACUAGCUUGGUGGACUUGACUCUAUCCAGGAAUACAAUAAGUUUUAUUACACCUCAUGCUUUUUCUGACUUAAGAAAUCUGAGGGCUUUGCAUUUGAAUAGCAACAGAUUGACUAAAAUCACGAAUGAUAUGUUCAGCGGGCUUUCCAAUCUCCACCAUUUGAUUCUGAACAACAACCAGCUGACUUUGAUUUCUUCGACGGCAUUUGAUGACGUCUUUGCCCUUGAGGAGCUGGAUCUGUCCUAUAACAAUCUAGAAACAAUUCCUUGGGAUGCUGUUGAGAAGAUGGUUAGCUUGCAUACUCUUAGCUUGGAUCACAAUAUGAUUGAUAACAUUCCUAAGGGGACCUUCUCCCACUUGCACAAGAUGACUCGGCUAGAUGUAACAUCAAAUAAAUUGCAGAAGCUACCACCUGAUCCUCUCUUCCAGAGAGCUCAGGUACUAGCAACCUCAGGAAUCAUAAGCCCAUCCACGUUCGCGUUAAGCUUUGGUGGAAAUCCUUUGCAUUGCAAUUGUGAAUUACUGUGGUUGAGACGUCUGUCCAGAGAAGAUGACCUAGAGACCUGUGCUUCUCCUGCACUAUUAACUGGUCGCUAUUUCUGGUCAAUACCUGAAGAAGAGUUUUUGUGUGAGCCUCCUCUGAUUACUCGCCAUACACAUGAGAUGAGAGUUCUGGAAGGUCAAAGAGCAACACUGAGGUGUAAAGCCCGGGGAGAUCCUGAGCCUGCAAUUCAUUGGAUUUCUCCAGAAGGGAAGCUUAUAUCAAAUGCAACUAGAUCGCUGGUGUAUGAUAAUGGAACCCUUGACAUUCUUAUAACAACUGUAAAGGAUACAGGUGCUUUUACCUGCAUUGCUUCUAAUCCUGCUGGGGAAGCAACACAAACAAUGGAUCUUCAUAUAAUUAAACUUCCGCACUUACUAAACAGUACCAACCAUAUCCAUGAGCCUGAUCCUGGUUCUUCAGAUAUCUCAACGUCUACUAAGUCAGGUUCUAAUACAAGCAGUAGCAAUGGUGAUACUAAAAUAAGUCAAGACAAAAUUGUGGUGGCAGAAGCAACGUCAUCUACAGCGCUACUGAAAUUUAAUUUUCAAAGAAAUAUCCCUGGGAUACGGAUGUUUCAAAUCCAGUACAAUGGUACUUACGAUGACACUCUUGUUUACAGAAUGAUACCUCCUACGAGCAAAACUUUUCUGGUCAAUAACCUGGCUGCUGGAACCAUGUACGACUUGUGUGUCUUGGCAAUAUAUGACGAUGGCAUCACUUCCCUCACGGCCACAAGGGUCGUGGGUUGCAUCCAGUUUACGACGGAGCAGGAUUAUGUCCGCUGCCACUUCAUGCAGUCCCAGUUUUUGGGAGGCACCAUGAUUAUUAUUAUUGGUGGCAUCAUUGUAGCAUCUGUGCUGGUUUUCAUCAUCAUUCUAAUGAUCCGGUAUAAGGUUUGUAACAAUAAUGGGCAACACAAGGUCACCAAGGUCAGCAAUGUUUAUUCUCAAACUAAUGGAGCCCAAAUGCAAGGCUGCAGUGUCACACUGCCCCAAUCCAUGUCCAAACAAGCGGUGGGGCGUGAAGAAAAUGCGCAGUGUUGUAAAGUUGCCAGUGACAGUCUGAGCCAGCCUUCCGACACUUGUUUAAGUCAGGAUCCCUCGAGCACUACCUCUGCUUUGCCUCCUACCUGGACUUCAAGCACUUCUGUGUUACAAAAGCAGAAAAGAAAGACUGGCACGAAGCCAACCACCGAACCACAAAAUGAAGCUGUCACAAAUAUUGAGUCCCCAAACACUAACCGGAACAACUCCACUGCAUUGCAGUUAGCGAGUCGACCUCCUGAUUCUGUGACAGAAGGACCGACGUCCAAAAGAGCACAUCAUUCAAAGCCAAAUGCUUUGCUGACUAAUGUUGACCAGAUUGUCCAGGAAACACAGAGGCCGGAGUUAGUCUGAAGAGCACCAUGUCUUCUCUGUCUCCUGAAAAAAAUUACUACUGAUAUUUUUACCGGAUACAAGUUUUAAAAAAGUUUCAAUUCACAAGGAUAACUGUUGGACUGGUGUCCUAGAAGAAAUUUUCCACAGGAGCCACCGCAGAAUUUUCGGAAACCGGCAGAUAUGGCUCUAUCAGAUCAUGAUUCAUCCCCCUUUAAAAUACAUUUUUUUUCUGACCUACAAAUAUUUUUUUUAAAGAAAGAUGAAAACAGCCUACAUUGGCAUCAAGUUCUGUAUCAAUCCAUGUUACAUCACCAUCCAUGAUUUAACAGACUGUAGAAUCUUGAAUAAUCUAUAUCACUUUAACAAAUAAAUG